AUGCAGCUUCUGAGACAACCACGUUUACAAAGAUCAAGUCCUCAACUUCAAUUUGUUUCAGAAGAAAGUAAUUUUGGAAGUAAAUUAGCACCAACCAUGUCUAAACAGAAUCCUACAAAUGAAUCACAAUUACAAAUGACUUCUCAAAAAUAUCCCAACUGUCUACAUAACAAUAAUAAUAACAAUAAUAAUGAUAAUAAUAAUUAUAAUAAUAACAAAGGUACUAUUCAACAAAAACAAAUCACAUCUAAUUCACCUGAGAUUCAUUUCAGUCAUGAUCAACGAGUUGUGACAUUUGGUACAAAACCAAAUACUACUAAUACUACUAGUAAUUUAUCAGUUGUGCCGAGCAGUGAGGAUGAUGAAUGGGAUUCAGAAACGGAAGAUUUAAAUAUUGUUGCAGCUGAAAUUAAUAAAUCUCAACAAUUAACACCGGGAUCAUCAAAUAAACUAACAAAUCCUCUAAAACCAAUAACAUCCUAUUAUAAAUCAAAUCACAGUACCAAUAAUAGUUCCAUGCAACAGAAAAACAAUAGUCCUCAAGGAGUAAAAUUCACUUCAUAUAAAAAACCAAAUUUAAAAGCUUGUUAG